AUGAUGUCCAAGUCGAUGAUCGUCGCUGCCCUUGUGGCCUACACUGAGGCCCGUUUCGGCCAGGAGCAGGUUCCUGUGUCCGCCGUCUCAUCGCUCUCAAACUUUGGCAACCCCGGAGAGGCUGCUACUCUUGCGGGAGGAAUUCCCGGGUCUCUCCUCGCAGCUGCCAACCCGUGUGACAAGCUCACUCUGGCCGACAAGAUUGUCACCCAGCUUGGCACGGACCCGUCCGUCAUCGACGCCGCCAAGGGCCUGGUUGCCGCGGAGCAGAACUUCAACCCUUUCGUGGUCUCCAUCCCCAGCAUCUGCUCUGAUGCCACCCUUCCUGCGACUGCAGAGCUGCGCGGUGUCGUGCCUCUGAUCGACCCCGCCGUCACUGGCUCAGAUGUCGAGAAUGCCAACUCAAAGACAUCCUUGACCACCCCCUUUGAUGCCAGCGGCCUGUCCGUGGCCGAGAUCAUGGCCGCUCAGGGCUUCUCCAACCUGACCGCCGUCGCCGUUGACGGCACAAAGGCUGCCGCAGGUGGUGCGGCCACGGGCGCUGCGGCAGGUGCUGCCGGCAACAACGCCGCGGGCAGUAACAACAACAACGGUGCUUCUAGCAACGCCGGCAAUGCCACCGCCGACGCUUCCAACGGAAAUGCGAACGCUGGUUCUGGCGGCAAGAAGUCCUGCAGCUCCAGCAAGGGCAAGGGCUCCAACAACAACGCCGGGUCCAACACCGGGUCCAACGCCAGUGGAGCUGCCGCAUCCAACAGCAAUAACAACAACAACAACAACAACGGCACAGCGGCUGCCGGAGCCGCAGCUGCUACCGGGGCCACAACCUCGCUCGCUGGUGCCGACUUCGGAAAAUGCACGCCUACCAUGGACUUCCAAUUUGGUCGUGCCGGGCGUAAGGCCACUGAGGGCACGUUCCUGCCCACGGACCCCCUCGUCGCCAAGGGACAGCAGGAUGCCCUGAACCCUAACAUCAUCACCAACCGCAUCUGCGACCAGCUGACCAACGUUUGCGAGGCCAACCAGGCUGCAAAGGAUGCCUGCCAGAGCGCCAAGGCCACUAUCCAGAGCCUGGGCACCAAGGACGCCACCACCGCCGACGCCUUUAACAAGGCACUGGGCUUCUAA